AUGUGGAGGUACACGAAUUUGUUCGCAUGUCUGCUGGUCCUGUGUAAGGAUGCGACCUCACAGAGCAAGAUAUUUGGAGAGACAGAGCCAGUCCGUAUGGUGUCUGAGGGCUCCGACUGCCGCUGUAAAUGCAUCAUGCGACCUCUGAGCAGGGAUGCCUGCAUGCGGCUGCGGACCGGCAGUGUGCGCGUGGAGGAUUUUUAUACAGUGGAAACAGUCAGCUCGGGAUCCGACUGCAAGUGUUCCUGCACUGCGCCGCCGUCCUCUCUGAACCCUUGUGAGAAUGAGUGGAAGAUGGAGAAGUUAAAGAAACAGGCCCCUGAGUUAUUAAAACUCCAAUCGAUGGUGGACCUCCUGGAGGGAACCCUUUACAGCAUGGAUCUACUGAAAGUCCACUCAUACAUCAACAAGGUGGUGUCGCAGAUGAACACACUGGAAGAGACAAUCAAGACAAACCUAACACGAGAGAAUGAAUUUGUCCGUGACAGCAUGACGAGUCUUACCAACCAGUUUAAAAGAUAUGAAAAUUACUCCAACAUUAUGAUGAGCAUCAAGAAAGAAAUCUCCGGUCUCAGUCUACAGCUGCUUCAGAAAGACUCUUCUGACACCAAAGUUCAGCAUAAUAAUGAUGAAAAAACCAAGAGCGUAGUAAAGCCGCCCAACAAAAAGCCGCCAGUACCCAAGCCGCCUCCUAAACCUAAAGAAAAAGUCAUCAAGCCCAAGAAGGAGGUCACUAAACCUGUGAAAGCACUCAAGCCUGACCCUACGGCCAAAACUAAGGUGGUUGGCCACCAGCCAGGUGUGAUCCGAGGCAUUACUUAUUACAAGGCUGCCAAGUCUGAUGAGGAUGAGGUCAGAGGAGACAACCUAGCCAAAACAUACACACGGCAUCAUGUCACCGAAACCCAGUCUGAGGACGGCGGAGCUGAAAUGGUUCUCGAAACCAUGGAGGCGACACUUGCACAGGCUACUGCACCCAAUGCAUUUCCCACCAACAUAACUCCUGCCACCACUAGGACUGUUGACAUUAAUCCAACCACUACCAUUGCACCAACCGCUACAAUCAUCUCAGGCCAAAGCAUAGCAGCUACAGAAAGGCCUGCUCCCACUAUUGUGCUACUGCUGGACAACAGCAACAACAACAGUCGACCCACUCUCCACAGAGCAGGGAAAAUCCUUCACUGUGAAGGCACUCUAGCGUCAAUCGAUCAGCCAGAGAAGCAACACAGUUAUGGCCGCAAUGAAGGAGCCUGGAUGAAGGACCCGUUGGCCAAAGACUCUAAGAUUUACGUCACAAACUAUUAUUACGGCAACAAUCUGGUGGAGUUUCGCAACCUGGAGAACUUCAGGCAAGGUCGAUGGAGCAAUCUUUUCAAGCUUCCUUACAACUGGAUCGGCACAGGUCACGUGGUUUACAAUGGCGCCUUCUACUACAAUAGAGCCUUCACAAAGAACAUUAUCAAAUAUGACCUGAAGAUGCGAUAUGUGGCUGCCUGGACGCUCUUGCAUGAUGUGGUUUACGAGGACACCACACCGUGGAAAUGGAGAGGUCAUUCUGAUAUUGACUUUGCGGUGGAUGAAAGUGGACUGUGGGUGAUCUAUCCCGCCAUGGACUAUGACUACAACCAACAGGAAGUCAUCGUCAUCAGUAAACUUGAUCCGGGAGACCUGUCCUUGAAAAAGGAAACAACCUGGAGGACAGGUCUCAAGAGGAACUCUUACGGCAAUUGUUUCAUUAUCUGCGGUGUCUUGUAUGCUGUCAAUGUAUACAACCAGAAGGAAGGGGAAGUGCGUUAUGCUUAUGACACCCAUACCAACACAGAGGCCACACCACGUCUGGUCUUUACCAAUGAGUACUCGUUCACUACGCAAAUUGAUUAUAACCCCAAGGAGAAGGUUUUGUAUGCCUGGGACAAUGGCCAUCAAGUCACAUAUCGGCUCCACUUUGUCGACCAGUGA